GCCGCCGCGCUCUCAGUCCCUCUCCGCGUCUCGGCACGAGUGUGUUGGUUUCGCGCGUCGGUGCGCCGCUGUCUCUCCCCCCCUCCUGCACAGAGCUGUGAGCCGUCGACGAGUUGAGAGAAUUUUAAGUGUUUCGCCUCUCCUACCUCCAGGACUCCGGUAAUCCGCGCACGACGCUACGGGAGCAUCAUGGCUGAGAGCAAGGGCGCGUUAAUCGCGAAGACGGUGCAAAAACACGCGGGCAGGGCGAAAGAGAAGUUUCUUCAGAAUCUGGGUAAGGUCGAUCGAACCGCGGACGAUAUAUUCGAUGAGCACCUGCAGAACUUUACGAGGCAGCAGAACUCCGCCAACAGACUACAAAAGGAGUUCAACAAUUACAUCAGGUGUGUUCGAGCGGUGCAGGCCGCCUCGAAGACGCUCAUGGACUCAUUAAAUGAGAUCUACGAGAGCCAAUGGACCGGACACGAUCUACUGUACGUGCAGGCACAAAAUCUUGACAUGCUAUGGCAAGAUUUCACUCACAAGCUCGCGGACCAAGUUCUUGUACCACUCAACACAUAUCAAAGCCAAUUCCCGGAGAUGAGGAAAAAGGUUGACAAGCGCGGACGUAAACUGGUGGAUUAUGAUAGUCAGAGACACAACUUCCAGUCAUUGCAAUGCAAUCCAAAAAAGAGGGAUGAGCUCAAAGUUUCCCGGGGGAAGGAGCUACUGGAGGAGGCAAAACGUACAUACGAACAACUAAAUUCCGAAUUGCAUGACGAACUGCCGGCAUUAUACGACUCGCGCGUUCUUUUCCUCGUCACAAAUCUGCAGACGCUCUUUGCCGCGGAGCAAGUGUUUCACACUGAAAGUGCCAAGGUAUAUUCCGAAUUAGAAGCAAUCGUUGAUAAAUUGGCUAAUGAAAGUCAGCGAGGAUCUUACACACUGAAGAAGAGCACAGAAUCACCGAAGUCGCCUAACGCAAACUCAUCUCUAAUAAUUAACACACAGACAGCGCAGAACAAUAUCUCAAGAGCUUUAGACGAUACCGCGCCCGUUGCCAGAGAUACGUCGCCGACCACUCAGAUAAACGGCAACGCUAACAGCAAUGCUAAUAGCAACGCUAACAGCAAUGAUAACUCCCUCAAUAAUCAGGAUGAGUCGCCGCAGAACGCAGUCGCGCCUGCCAAACGAGUAGAGGAACUGUACGAUAUUCCAGCCGACAGGUCCAUGACUAACGGGGCGGACUCGAUCGUUCUAGAGGCGGAAUAUGAAAAUGCUGCUAAUUUCUCUGUAGGGGCGACAACCGACAAUUUGCCGCCGGGCGUUUUGUAUAGGGUUAAAGCCACUUACAAGUACAAUCGCGAGGAUGUCGACGAGUUGUCGUUUGACGUCGGCGAGAUUAUUCGCGUCGUGGAGUACGACGAUCCCGAGGAGCAGGAAGAAGGCUGGCUAAUGGGUAUCAAGGAAGGCACCAAUGAGAAGGGUAUGUUCCCGGCAAACUUUACAAAACCGCUGUGAGAGCUGUGCUCGGUUCGCCAUUUACACUCCAAUGCUCAUCAGAGACAGCGUAUUUUACUUUAAAGUAGUUAAAGAGUCACGUAAUUAAGUGGGAGAUAAGAGACGCGCGGUCAUGCGAGAACAAUAUUGUGCAUGACGUAUGUAAAAGCAAACGAAGAGAGAAAGAGAUAAAAAAAAGAGCAGGCGACAGGUUGCAGGAGGAAUAAGGGGGAGGGAGCGGGAAGAGAAUUUGAUAAGAUAUGCUGGAGGGUACUGCGGAGAGUAUCACCCCAAAGUGCCUUUAACCCAGCCACUGUCUGUGCCAACAUUCAUUUUUAUUCGUCAAAAGAAAGUAUGGGAUUAACUCUCUCAUAUCAAACGUACAGAUACACAUCAUGAAUAAUAAUCAAACGAAAUAUUUAAGCGACUAAUAAAUAAUAUAUUGUAACAUGUAUACACAAUAAGAAAUACACGCCACACAAACACGCGAUACACAACGAUAUGCAAUAUUAUAUAAUAUAAAACGAAAUCUAUAUAUUAAAUUAAUAUUAUUUUAUGAAAUUGUACAUAGAUCUAUAUAUACGAUUUAAGAGUAUUUUAUGAGAUAACUUUGUGGCCACUGAAAAUUAUUGCUAAGAGACGUAUAUCUUCAAGUUUAAGAAAAUGCGCGCGCCACUUGUAAAACUUUGUUCCCUUAACGAGGGAGUGAGGCGAUUAUAAAAUUUUCAAGGUCCAACUACCUAUCUGCAUUCGUAAAGUAUUACACUAUUUAUUCGUUUACUUCAAGAAUGUAGCGAUAGCUUCUAUCAUACAAAAUAUCUCGCCACGAAUUGCAUGCCAAAUUUUUCAACGACGUAAUAAUAGAUAUCGAAAAGGUGAUACGUGAGAAAAAUAAAUAUUAUGAUGUAUAAAUGAGAAAUAAGAGCUUCUGUUUAUUUAUGAUUGAUGGUUCUUUUCUCCGCCUUUUUGGAGGCAUCAUGAAUUUUGUCAGCGAAGUCUGUGAAUUUUUUGUGCGCAGGUUUUAUUCAUUUGUAUCCGCAAAUUUUAUGUACAUGUAUGUAGAAAAUCGGGUAGCGACAAGAGAGCGUUUAUUAUUAUAUUAUUUUAUUACUAUUGUUAUUAUAUAUUGCUAUAAUUAUUAUCGCUCCCAUAUCUAUUCAUGUCAUCAGGAAACAAAUACGUAACAAUCCAACCCCGAAACUUUUGUAGACUCAAUCAAUACUCGUUAGAUCUGCCGAAACAAUCUUGUAUUCGCAUCUUGUGUAAUAAAUAGUGUUGUAAUAAUACAUAUGCACACGUACAUGUUUACAGCGUUAGCAUUAAGUGAAAAUAUCAGCUUUGAGAGAGAUCGUGUGUCUUUAUUUUAUCAUGCUGGUCUAAAAAACUGUGAAAGAA